AUGAAAAGUGCCAUUUAAGUAGCAUUGAAUAAUAUUUCAAAACCGAAACUUGGAAUUGAGAUUACAUCUUAUAUGUAAAAUGUGUUAAGAUUUCGAGGAUUGCUUUAACCUUAAAUAGAGACAAUUUUUAAGCAGUUUAGAAAAGAGAUUAAUUAACUAAAUGAUAAUGAAAAGUAUGAUUUGGCUGAUUCUUUAAUGAAAGAAUAAUUUGGUGAAGAUAAAAGAUUUGGAUUGAUGGUGGCAGAGAAAAUAAGAUUUGAUUAUACAAAGAUUAAGAAGACUGAAGAAUGGUUCUUAGAAGGUUUUAUAAAGGAUUGGGGAACUUCUGAUAUAUAUUGUAGUAGAGUUUUAAAAAAUUUUGUUUAGGAUAAAUAGAAUGCAAAAUUAAUGAUUGAAUGGUCAAAAAGUAAUAAUUUAUGGAUGAGAAGAUCUAGUUGUGUAGGAUUUAUAUUUUUAGUAAAUAAAAAUAAAUGUGAUUUAAAUAUGUUAUUUGAUAUUUGUUAAGAAAAUAUAAUUCAUUAAGAAAGAUUUAAUUAAUUAGGAACUGGUUGGUUAUUAAGAGAAUUAUCAUAGGUGGAUCUGAAAUAAGUAAUUUAGUUUAUAGAGAGAAAUUUAUAAUAUUUUAGUAGUGAAGGAUUAAGAUAUGCAUAUGAAAAAAUGAAAGAAUGUGAAUAGGAUUAUUUAAGAGAAUUACUCAAGUAAUAUAAGAAAUAAAAGAAAGGAUUGAAAGAAAAUAUAUGA